AAAAAUGUGCAAAAAGUUCAUCAAUCAAUCUGAUUUCACGAAAAGAACGUGAGCCAUGUUACAGACAGGCAUUACUCCCCACCAUUAUACGUUAUGAAAAUAAAGGAAAUUUUAAAACUGAAAAAAAAUAAAUCAAUAAAAGAACCCUAAAAAUCGACAUCCCCUCAUUUUCCCACUAGAACAUCAUCAUCAUCUUCUUGUUCUUCACUUUUUUUUUUGUCUGAAAAAAACAACAGAAAGAGAAAAAAAUUCUUUUGUUUGUGAAGGAAAUGGAAGCUUUUGACAUGACGGCUUGUUUUGAGGACAACUUAUUGGACUUUGGCUCCGACGUCGGAGAGGAAGAUGAAGAUGAAAAACACAAGAAGUUUUCAAAGAUUAACCCAUCUUCUUCUCUUAACCCUAACUGUUCCUUUCCUGAAUUUGCAGAGGAAGAACUAGAAUGGUUAUCAAACAAGGAUGCAUUUCCAGCUGUCGAAACGUCAUUCGUCGAUAUGUUAGGGACGGCAGCAAAGCACCAGAGCCCGGUGUCAGUGCUGGACAACAGCAACAGUUCCGGCAGCACAACCUUACCCAACGGAAACGUUGUAAUUCAUUGUUGUGGCAACGUUAAAGUACCUGUAAAAGCGCGGUCCAAGCGGCUCCGCAAAUGUAGGGACCUGAAGAACCAGGAAAACAGCUGGUGGGUUCAGGAGAAUGUGAAGAAUGCCAUUGCCACUGCGAAGGGGGCUGGUUCGAGGACCAUAGGAAGGAAAUGCCAGCAUUGUGAGGCUGAAGAGACACCGCAAUGGAGGGCAGGGCCGCUUGGGCCUAAAACGCUUUGCAAUGCAUGUGGAGUGAGGUAUAAGUCCGGCCGUUUGGUGCCUGAGUAUCGUCCAGCGAGUAGCCCAACGUUUUCAAGUGAGUUGCACUCAAAUUCCCACAGGAAGAUAUUGGAGAUGAGGCGGCAUAAACAGUUGAGUUUUCUGCAAUGAAGCCCAUGAAUAAAAGCUAGUGUUCUGGUGAGCUGAGCACUGCCAUUUCUUUUCCUUUAUUAUUAUUUUUUUAAUUUUGGGUCUUUUUGUUUUUGAUUUUUAAGUUAGUGUAGUUACUCUAGGAGUUUAGUUGUAAUGGAGUCAGAAAUUGGUUAGUGAAAGUUACUAUUUUUACUUUUGUUUUUGAUGAAGUUGAAAAUCCAUUUGGGAAAUUUUGACUUUACUGUGUUUUUGGUUUGUUUAAUUGGUUUUUGUCAAAUUCUUGAAUCAAUUUGGUUUUUGAUUUUCGUCAAAAUGUGGAUUUUUGAUUGAUUUCUGUAUUUGGGUUAUAAUGUGCUCAUGUUUGAUUAUUUUGAGCUAACUUAUUUGUUAUUGAUAGUGGGAGAGUUGCCAUUGCUGAGCAAUUUAGGCUUAGUGUUUAUUUUCAUGAAUGUAUCAAAUACACAAAGUAUUGUAAACUGUAAUCUGGAGGAUGUUAUGGCUGCAACCCAUUGAAUUGCUUUCUCUUGUAGCUGUUUCAUAUCUUUUCUUCAUGCAUUGAUUCUUCCUCUGGGAAGGCUGGUAAAAUUUUGUACAUAUCCUUGAUUUUUGGUGCAUAAAUCAUCAAUUCAGUAGAUUACAAGAUAGUUCAUGGCUGGAUUUAUCGACAUGAUCGAUUCAAUUCAAAUUGGUAACACGAGGAUGAACAUCCCUAAUGCAUUACUUUGUUUGUGAGCUUGUGGAAAUGGAACUAUGUUCAUGCGGAGUAACCUAAAAUUUCCUGUUCAAAUUGGGAUGAUUCGAUGGAUAUUGUUUUACAGAGGCUGUAGACCACAAGUAUUAUGUCUCUGGAAAGUACGGAAGGAAUACUGACUUGAAAUUGUGCCUUGCUAGAAGGCACAGGUCUGGCUGUUUGUAAAUAGUUGAUUGCAGCAAGAAACUGAAUAAGAUUCCUGAA